UGAUGAGGUCAUAAAUGACCUCACAUGAUGAGGUCAUUUUUCUUUAGGGAAAAAUCACUGAUCUCUAGUGGGUUGUCUGGGAAAUGUUCUCUGGGUCUCUAAGAUCCUCUGGAGAUGCAACCUGGCCAGCAGGCGGAAGUAAAAUCUCUUCCUAUGUUUUUAUCUCAAACGGAGUCCUGCCGCAUUUCCCACGGUCCGUGAACGCAGCACGGUCGUUUCUCUUUAAGAGCGGAUGAAAGGCUGAACACCGAUUGUGUAAUUUGGGUGAAAGAGAAGAGAGGAGCCUGGAGGAGCCGAGCAGGUUCGGUUCUGUCUCUCCGGUUCGGAAGGUGCUUCUGUUCCGGUGAUAUUCGGUUCGGAUUCACGGUUCGCAGGUUUUCCGGUUUUCCUGCCGGUUCUGCUUUGAUGUAACCGACGUUGUUCGGUUUUGGACGGUUUUCCUCUUCGGGAGAAAAUGAAUAAUAACUCGAUGUUAUUAAAAUCAGAGGGAAGUUUCCUCCCGCGCUGCUGAUAAUCCAGAUUAUCCUCCAGCUUCACUGCAAACUUUCACAGCCGGAUUUUUGAACUUUUAUUCCCGCCCACUUUGAUCUCCUCGUCGAGAUAUCUGAUCAGAACCUGGUUUCUGAUUGUCGGACCAGAACCUCCACUGGUUCCUGUUGAGUCCAUCUUGGGUUCUGGAUCAUUGAAUUUCAUCCCAUGUUCUGAUCCCACACCAUCAUCGCUCCACCUCCGUGCUUCAGGGGAGGAAUGGUGACCUUGCUGACCCUCUCUGCAUGUGGCAGCGUCUGCAGCAGCGAUGGAGCUAACCUGGGCUAAAGCCUCAUUGCUAACAGGAGGAGUUCUGCUUGUUCCUGUUUGCGCCUUCAUCACGUCCGUCGUGUUCUGGCCCGGUGUGCUGCUGAAGGCCUACAACUGGUACAAUCGGCGCUCGCAGGGCGUGGCGGUCCGCUACUCCCACUGUGGAAGUUACCGCUUCUGUUAUUCCACCCGCGGGACCCCAGGGGGCGCCACGCCGUCGCUGCUGCUGCUGCACGGGUUCGCCGCCUCCAAGGACAUGUGGCUGCCUGUCGUCAUGUACUUCCCCAGAAACCUGCAUGUGGUUUGUUUGGACAUGCCUGGACAUGAAGGGACGUGUCGAGCUGCAGCAGAAGAUUACAGCAUCCAGGGUCAGGCCAGGCGAGUCCAUCAGUUCGUCCGCAGCGUCGGUCUGGAUAAAUCGCCGUUCCACCUGGUCGGCGCCUCCAUGGGGGGGAACGUGGCGGGCGUCUACGCCGGUCUCUACCCGGCUGACGUCUGCAGCCUCACCUUGGUGUGUCCAGCAGGUCUGAUUUACCCCACAGAGUCCAGCUUCAUCGCCCUUCUGAAGGAGAAUGACCUGGAUAAGUCCAUCGUGCCCAGUAAACCCAUCCCGCUCAUCCCCACCUCUAUGCAGGAGCUGGAGGCCAUGCUGAAGCUGUGCUGCUACAAACCGCCCACAAUCCCCCGGCAGUUCCUCCGGGGCCUCCUGGCCAACAGGAUCCCAAACAACGACUUCUACAGAGAAGUGUUCGAGGCGAUCGCUGGGGAGAAGUCUCGACACUCGCUGCAGGAACACCUGAAUCUGAUCACAGCCCUGCAGGUCAUCUGGGGGAAGAACGACCAGAUCCUGGAUGUUUCUGGAGCCGCAGUGAUCCAGAAGGCGCUGCCUCACUGCCAGGUGGAUUUGCUGGACAACUGUGGUCACGCCGUUGCCUUGGAGAGGCCAAGGAAAUUUGCUAACCUUGUGCUGGACUUUCACAAUAAAGCAAAGAAACAAGUCUGAGCGAUAGAGGAGCAAAAAACCAGAACUUGGAGUUCUGAUUUUAACUGACUGAGAUGAGUCUCCUCUUGUUAGCAAAAAUUAUACCAUGGGAGGAGUUUGACUAUUUUUUUCCUUUUUUUUGUAGGGAAGAAAUUAUGAUAUUCACAAGAAAUGAGACUAAAAACCCAAACGUAGGGUUAAUUGUGAUUCCUGCUUAAUUUUCAUUCUGUUUGUAAACUAGAAUAAAAAUAAGUUAAAUGAA